UCACGUGUUUGGGAGACUCGCCUGCAGCUCUCUCCUUGCGGCCGCGGUGCGAGAGUACAGUACGAACUGGUGCUGCGGGAGUCAUGGCAGGACAGGCAUUUAGAAAGUUUCUCCCCCUCUUUGACCGAGUAUUAGUUGAAAGGAGUGCUGUGGAAACUGUAACCAAAGGAGGCAUUAUGCUUCCAGAAAAAUCUCAAGGAAAAGUGUUGCAAGCAACAGUAGUAGCUGUUGGAUCCGGCUCUAAAGGAAAGGAUUUCUAUAAUUGGCCUGAUGAAUCCUUUGAUGAAAUGGACAGUACACUAGCUGUUCAACAGUACAUUCAACAGAACAUAAGAGCAGAUUGUUCCAAUAUUGACAAAAUUCUUGAACCACCUGAAGGCCAAGAUGAAGGUGUAUGGAAGUAUGAACAUUUAAGGCAAUUCUGUCUUGAGCUAAAUGGACUUGCUGUCAAACUUCAGAGUGAAUGCCAUCCAGAUACAUGUACUCAGAUGACAGCAACUGAACAAUGGAUUUUUCUUUGUGCAGCUCAUAAAACUCCAAAAGAGUGUCCUGCUAUAGACUAUACUAGACACACACUUGAUGGUGCUGCAUGCCUUCUGAAUAGCAAUAAAUAUUUUCCCAGCAGGGUUAGCAUAAAGGAAUCAUCUGUAGCAAAACUAGGAUCAGUAUGCCGUAGGAUUUACAGAAUAUUUUCACAUGCUUAUUUUCAUCACCGGCAGAUAUUUGAUGAAUAUGAAAAUGAAACAUUUUUGUGUCAUCGGUUUACUAAAUUUGUGAUGAAAUAUAAUUUGAUGUCCAAGGAUAACCUGAUUGUACCCAUUUUAGAAGAGGAAGUUCAGAAUUCAGUUUCUGGGGAAAGUGAAGCAUGAAGGGAAUCAUAUAGAAAAAAAUGUACUGAUCACAUAAUUAACAUUAAUUAUGUACUGUAUAUAUAUCAUUUUAGACACAUCAAUCAUGUAUCCAUAUUAUAGCCUCUUUGUUUAGUAUAGGUAGGUUUUUGUAUGCAGAGGGUUGCUUUUUAAAAUGGGAAAUACUUUUUAAGUUAUUCAUGAGCUAUCUAUUCACUGGUGUGGCACUCAUGGUUUUUACAUAAGAUUAGUAUUACCUGUUUAUAAUGCCUGUUAAUAAAAGAAUUUACAGUUUGGUAAAAUUGCUGCUAAACAAUCAUUGGUUCACAAUCCUCAUCAAAUAAACCCAUCUAUAAAACGAUGAGUAAGCUUGAGGUUUCCCACAAGCCAUUUACUAAAGAAAUAGUAAUGUUUUCCUUUGGUUUUACCCCAGAAUUUAGAUAUUCUAGAAAAUUCUGUAGUACAUAGUUUAGCUUUAACUUUUCAAAACUGAGAUAAGUGUGUUUUAAAAUUCUGUUUAUAGUUUUUGAUAUACAUAUAUGAUUAUGUGUAUAUCCAAAUAUAAAUCAAAUGAAGCAUUAGUAAUAGUUAAAUAAUAUUAAUGCUACAUAAAGUAUAUUUUAAACCUGCAUACUUGGAAAGGAUUUGUUUCUGCAACAGUGGACUGUUACAUACAAGACGGUGAUAAUGAUAAGGUGUGUAAAUGGUGUCCCCACUGGAAACCUGCCCUAUCCUUCCCUUCUCCUCAUUUCCCUUCAUUCCCUCCCCAAACACAUUAGCUGAGAAGCUUUUCACCAGACUGUGAUUUAGUGGUGGCUUAUACCUAUUUAUAUUGUAUUAAUUGCUUACGGAUUAUACCUCAUGUUAGCAAUUACACUACAGGAAAAAUGUACUGGCCUCGGCUCUUGCUUAUCUUUGUUUUGCGAAAUUGUUCUAACUACUUGGAAAAUAGUCUUCAAAAUAGUUUGACUUUCUCUGUUAGUAAUAUUAAUCUUUUCUUCUAACCAUCAAGGCAGCAUUUAAAUAGAGUUGAAAAAUAUUAUAGUAUUUAUUUUAUGCUCCCUCCCCACAAUGUUUAUGUUUGAAUUAUAUGCACAUGUGAGGUUUUUUGCAAUUAUUUACAGGUUCCAGGGUGUUGAUGAAUGGUCAUACAUUUUUUGGACUUAGUUAUAAUUCAAUGUCUUAAGAAGGAUUCAACUGCAGAUUUUACAGUCUUAUAGUUUAAUGAAUGCAAUCUUUAACAAAGCACUGAGGUCUUUUUGCUAAACUGGUAGUGAGGCACUAAGAUAGGGUAAAAAAUAUUGUACAGUAGUAAAGAAAAUACAUAAAUUCAUCUCUUGAUGGGAGUUAAUAAACAUGGGGAACUUCUUUUUCAUUUAAAAAUGGUUAUUUUGAAAUGAAGCUGGAAAUAUAUUCAUCUUACUUGAUUUGUUUUUUUUCAAAUUUGAGGAAAUAUUUUUUACCAUAUUCUGAGACAAGUAUGUUCAGCAAAAAUGUGGGAAAGAGUAGCAUAUAGCGAAUGUGUAUAUAUCCUUAUGCCUCUCCAAGUCGGCCAGUGUAUUUGAUUUUGGAACAGUGCUAUCCUAACAGCCAGUCAUUACUUUGCCCUAACCCACAGCUAUCUUUUAAGAAAUUUUAUGGUCUUAGUGAAAUGAAUGUUGACUUUGAAAUUAUGUAUUUAUAUUAAUGUCACUAUAAACCAAUGGGAAUAUUAAUUUUUACACAAAUUGCUAAAUAUUGAGAGGCUAAACUACUAAGUGAAUAAAUUGUGUAUAGCAAUGUAGCUGCUCUUUCUAGAUGGUAUCUCUAUGGAUUUCUGUUGCAGCAGCUGGGAUUGGCAAUCUGGUUAAGUAUUUUGAAACACAUUUUGAAUAAUAUGGCUUGGUGUUAACGGGGAAAUAAAAUACGUUUUUUUUCUUACUCAUUCCA